CGAGCCGCCGCCGCCGCCUCCUGCUGCGGGCUGACAGGAGCCGCCGCCGCCGCCAUCAUCAUGGUGCUGGACCUGGACCUAUUCCGCGUGGACAAGGGCGGCGACCCCGCCGUGGUGCGCGACGCGCAGCGGAAGCGCUUCAAGGACCCGGCGCUGGUGGACGCGCUGGUGCGGGCCGACGGCGCCUGGCGGAGGUGCAGGUUUCGUGCUGAUAACUUGAACAAGCUGAAGAACCUUUGCAGCAAAACAAUCGGAGACAAAAUGAAGAAAAAAGAGCCAGUGGGAACUGAUGAGUCUGUACCAGAGAGCGUGCAGAACCUUGAAGAGCUCACAGCCGAUAUCUUAGGGGGUCUCCAGGUAUCCCAGAUCAAGAAAGUCCGUGUCCUCAUCGAUGAAGCCAUCCUCAAGUGUGAUGCCGAGCGCGUGAGGCUGGAGGCAGAGCGUUUUGAGAGCCUCCGGGAGAUCGGGAACCUCCUCCACCCCUCGGUGCCCAUCAGCAAUGACGAGGAUGCGGACAACAAGGUAGAGCGGAUCUGGGGGGACUGCACGUGCAGGAAGAAGUAUUCCCAUGUGGACCUGGUGGUGAUGGUGGACGGUUAUGAGGGAGAGAAGGGAGCCAUUGUUGCUGGAAGCCGGGGAUAUUUCCUUAAGGGUCCCCUGGUGUUUCUGGAGCAGGCUCUGAUCCAGUACGCCCUGCAGACCCUCCGCGCCAAGGGCUACACCCCCGUCUACACCCCCUUCUUCAUGCGGAAGGAGGUGAUGCAGGAGGUGGCCCAGCUGAGCCAGUUCGACGAGGAGCUGUACAAGGUGAUUGGCAAGGGCAGCGAGAAGGCCGAUGACAGCUCCAUCGACGAGAAGUAUCUCAUCGCUACCUCGGAGCAGCCCAUCGCGGCCCUGCACCGGGACGAGUGGCUGAAGCCAGAGGAUCUCCCCAUCAAGUAUGCAGGGCUGUCAACCUGCUUCCGCCAGGAGGUCGGCUCGCACGGCCGGGACACCCGGGGCAUCUUCCGCGUGCACCAGUUUGAAAAGAUCGAGCAGUUCGUCUACGCCUCGCCGCAUGACAACAAGUCAUGGGAGAUGUUUGAUGAGAUGAUCGCCACGGCGGAGGACUUCUACCAGUCCUUGGGCAUCCCCUACCACAUCGUCAACAUCGUCUCGGGCUCCUUGAACCACGCUGCCAGUAAGAAGCUGGACCUGGAGGCUUGGUUCCCCGGUUCGGGCGCUUUCCGUGAGCUCGUGUCCUGCUCCAACUGCACAGACUACCAGGCCCGCCGCUUGCGCAUCCGCUAUGGGCAGACCAAGAAGAUGAUGGACAAGGUGGAGUUUGUGCACAUGCUCAACGCCACGAUGUGCGCCACGACCCGGACCAUCUGCGCCAUCCUGGAGAACUACCAGACGGAGGAGGGCAUCCUCAUACCAGAAAGGCUCCGGGACUUCAUGCCCCGAGAUCUCCGAGAGAUGAUCCCAUUUGUGAAGCCAGCCCCCAUCGACCAGGAGCUCUCCAAGAAGCAGAAAAAACAGCAAGAGGGCAGCAAGAAGAAGUCGACAGGAGGAGAGCGGGUGCUGGAGGAGCGGAUGAAGAACAUGGGCGUGAACAGCGCCUAGACCCUGGUUCUGCCGUGUCCAGGGCCACCAGAGACCCUUGGGGGCCUCCUGAAUAAUCUCAGCUUCGUCUCUGGCUCGCUCUGCCUCUGGCUGCGCCCAUCACCUUCGCUUCGGGGGGCUGCCGGUUGCUGAGCCGGCGGCUCAGCACCACUCCGCUCCAUUGUGCUCCGACAGGACGAAGAACUGAUGAUAUUUGGGCUCCAGCACCCCCGUCCGCCGCCUGCGCAGAGCCAGGCCGGGAGGGCGAGAGGGGAACGUGCGUCUGGGCUCCCCUGUCCCCUGGGGGUUUACUGUACCAUAGGCUCUUCCUACGGGUGGAAACUUCCCUCCUGGUCAAUACAAUAAAGCGAAGAAAGCCUCCA